AUGAGUGAGUCUCCGAGUCAGAAACAGAAGGUUAGCAAGGCUGAUGAGUCGUCCGAGUCCGGAAUUUUCGACGAGCGGGUUCUCGUCCUUGUUUUCGAGUCUUUAAAAUGGGACAUUCGAGACCUCUGCGCGACUGCGUCGGUUAACCAUAAACUCCGUGCCGUCUCGAAACGGCUUCUUUGGAGGGAACUAUGCUUGUAUCGCGCACCGCGAAUGAUAGCUUCAUUGAUGGGUGGUGUGCCUAACAGCCGGAUUUGCGGCGGAUGGCAGUCGAUCGCGAAAUUACUAUUUUUCUGCUGCGGAUGUGAGUCGAGUCGGUAUUUUAGACUGAGUCAACCCUUGCAGGGUCAUUUCGUGAAGGAGUCCCGGUUUUCGAAGACUUCGGGUCAGAGCUUUUUGGCGAAGAAAUGCAGAGGAGAUGUACUGUAUCUGAGCGACCCAUGUGAGCAUCCAGCGAGGGGCAAAGAGUACGAUUUAGGUAUUUAUAGAGGGGUAUUUCGGGAAUUUAAAAAGUCGAGGACCCGGGAUUAUUUGAUAAACCGCCGGGUGGAGUUUGAGGAGAAAAUCCGAUGUCCUUAUUGUGGGACUCGGGUCUGGAGUAUGACCGCGGCUCGGCUUGUGCCCAAGAAGAGUGCGGCUAGGAGGCUCGGCUCGCACGAUGAGGGAUUAGAGUAUUUCGUGUGCCUGAAUGGGCACUUGCACGGGACAUGUCUGCUGGUGCCUCUAUCGUCCGAUGAAGAUGAAGAUGAAGAUGAAGCUGAUGAUGAUGAGAGUGGUGAUGAUUUGGACGGUCAGUAG